AUGACCAAUGCGGUCUCCAACUCGGGAAGAGACCAAGUACGUCUUGCUCUGGAGGAAGCCAGAAACAGCGAGGAUGGACAUAUAAAUCCUCAGACGACGGCAAUCCUCGAAGCUGCCAUCAGCCGACUUUGGCGGGACAUACAGGCGCAACCGGAUAGCUACAUUCUCGAUCGUGACGAGUUUGCUCUAUUCAACUACUUCCGGGACCGGUUUCGCGGCUCUACUAUCGCCCAACGAGCUGUAGAGCGUUUCUGGAAUAAUUUUCAAGGGGAUGCUUCGGAGCUUGAUGGGCCUGCAGCCUAG